AUGCUCCACCUGUGUCUCUGCGCUCUGCUGCUGCGCCUCUGUGCGCCACUCGGCGUCCCGAACAGUCCUCCGCUGCACUUUCACGAUCAGGUGCGGCAGAGACACCUCUACACAGAGAGCAGCAGACGCGGCCUUUUCCUGGAGAUUGCUCCGGACGGGGCAGUGAGAGGCACUCCGGUGCAGACACUAAACAGUGUGCUUGAGCUGCGGUCAGUGCAAGCUGGUCAAACGGUCAUCCAGGGUGUGCGCUCAUCCCUCUACCUGUGUGUGGACGGCGAUGGACACCUGAGGGGCCGGCGCAGGUACACAGAGGCAGACUGCACCUUCAGGGAACUGCUCCUGGCGGAUGGAUACACCGUCUUCCUGUCUCCGCAUCACGGACUUCCUAUUACGCUGGCGUCCAAAGUGUCCGUGACGAACCGCCCCCUGCCCUUCUCCCAUUUCCUGCCCGUGAGGAACAGCGUGACCCUGGGGGGGGGGCCGGAGGGCAACAGGGACGAGUCGCUGAGCCAGCCUCACAGCGCCAUGGACCUGGACUCCCAGGAUCCCUUGGGAAUGGAACCGGGUCACGCGGACAUGGUGGGCAGCCCCGGGUUCCUCCGCAGGAAGUUGCGACUGGAUGAGGCUGUCAGUGUGGCGGAGUAUCCCACAAUCCUUUGCGCUAAUCGGGCCCAUUCCGAACCCCCCCAUCCCUCCCAGCGCUCAGAACCUCCACUUUCCACACAGAAACGCUCCUGUCUGUCACCAGGAACAGCAAUGGACAGCAGGAUCCAGACCUGCAAGUUCACUGUCCACAGCGGUGACGAAAUGGACACGAGGUCCUAG